AGUCAUCAGUGUCGACAUCACUUGUUCGAACACUUGUCACAACAUUAUCGUAGAUGUCCUUGAUGAGGGUAAUGUACUUUGAUGAAGGAAAUAAUCGAUUUCUUUCACUGAAAUAAAAUCCCCCCUCCUACUUUUCUUGUCUCCUCUCUCCCGUCCUAGCCCGUGAGUUGACUUGGUUUUGCUCCACAACAAGAAAUUAGACGACCUCUCCAAUCCGAUCAGAAUUUUGCUUCAACCUGAUCGACUGAUCUAGGCCGGCCGACUCUCCGCCCUGCAACUGCGUCCCUGGCAGUUUGAGGAAGGAUCCGGGGAGAAGCUGAAAGCCGCGCCAUGGAAUUGGAGGCCCCGGUGGUCGAAGCAGAUCCGGGGAGAAGAAUCACAAGAGGAGCAGGAGGCGGCGGCGGCGGCGGCGAGGGGGAGGGCCCGGCUGGUCGGACCACCCUCCUGCCCUGCCCCAACUGCGACAUCCAGGUGGUGCACAAGCUGGCGCAGCUGCUGCUCCCGGGCCUGGCCGCGGCGUGCGUCGACAGCACCCUCGGGAGCCCCUCCUCCGCGCUCGCCGUCCAGCUGCGCGCGGAGCUGGUCCGCUACGUCGCGCACCGCAGCAGCAGCCCGCCCGAGGCGGAGGAGGAGGAGGACCCGAUCGACCGCGACGACCCGGCCGAGGCGCUGGCCGCGUUCCUGGACGACUUCGCGGGCAGCAAGAGGAGCGUCGCCGUCUCCAUCGCCGGCUGGCUCCCGUACCUGGGCGGCGGCGACGACGGCCGCGACGACCGGAUCGAGGACCUCGUCGAGGAGAUGGAGGCGAGCCGCUUCUGGCCGGUCGAGAGGCGGGAGGCCGUCGCGCGGGACCUCCUCCGCGGCCUGGACGCCGGCGGCGGCCGGUUCCGCUGCCGCGAGGAGCUGGGGACGCCGGAGGAGCUGGCGGACCACGUCGCCGCGCGCUGCGGAUUCAGGCCCGUGCGGUGCCGGAACCAGGCCCAGGGCUGCCGGGCCGAGGUUUCCGCCUGCCGCGCCGACGCGCACGACGAGGCGUGCGCCUUCAAGCUCCUCCCCUGCGAGCAGCGCUGCGGCCUCGCCGUCGCCCGCCGCCAGAUGGACCGGCACUGCGUCACCGUCUGCCCCAUGAAGCUCGCCAACUGCCCCUUCUUCCAGCUCGGCUGCGAGUCCGCCUUCCCGGCCUGCAACCUCGGGUCGCACUGCGCCGAGUUCCUUCGGCCACACCUCCGCCUGCUCCUUAGUCCCAGCAAGAUCGGCGCCGGUCGUCUGGAUCCGGAGGAGCGUCUUCUACGGCUGGAGAAGCAUGAUUCCGAUGGUGCGUUGGGCGAAGCUUUGGACGUGAGGUCUCUCACUAACGCCAUUGCUCAGCUAGAGAAGAAGAUGGACGCUGAAGAUGGUUCCCCCGGUUACACCGGAGACGACAACAAAGAAGCAAUGCCCACACAAGAUUCCAACUCCGCAGCUCUGCACUAGUUUCGUUCCCUGAUGCAGGAAUUUUUUGGAAAAAAAACAUUUUUGUUUCUUAUAUACUCCCUCUGUACCAUACUACUCCCUUCUAAACUAAUAUAAGAGCGUUUAGAAUACUAAAAUAAUGAUCUAAACGCUUUUAUAUUAGUUUACAGAGGGAGUAGUAUAUAUGUCGUUUUAACAGUUCAAAUUGAAUUGCUAAAACGAAAUAUAUUAUGGUACCGAGGGACUAUUUUUGGAAAGCACCACACCUUUUCUUUUUUGAACAAUCGGCAGAAACGUUGUCCUUUUAUUCAGAAGAACAUAGAAUUUGUACAAAAAACGAUGGUCCCACUAAUUAAGCAGUUUAUACAAGGUUUGCGAAAAGUUGAAACCUA